AUGUUACCAUUGGCACUGACGUAUCUAACAAGUCUAGCUGCUCGAAUAUGUACAUUGCAACAUUUCCUCGAAGAUGUUGUUCAAGGACAAGUAGCAUAUUCGUUCGUUGCAAUGGCUGUUCAUCAACUCGGAUCAGAUGAAUGGAAAAAUCGAAGUUUGCUUUGGUUUGGAUCAUGUAUUCUCAUUCAAUGGUUAUGUUCAUAUCUUCUCCCAUUACCCCAAAUCCUCAUGUCGAAUGUUUAUAUCUGCUUUGCAUAUCUUCCCGAUCGAUUUUUCGCACUUUACAGUGCUAUAUUUCUUCUUGUUUUGCCCGUUUUUCUUCAUUUAUUGGUUUAUGUUCUUGGAAAACUUAUGGUUAAACAUCAUGCAAACAAUCCGCAAAUCCGUCCGGUUGAUCAUGUCAAUGAAAUCGAGAUUGACCAUUCAUCAUUGAUGUCGUAUGUUUUCAUCAUGGGUUUACUAUUUGAUAUGAUUGGUUAUGCACCAAGGUGUUUACUUGGUGUUGUUGACUAUAAAUUGAAGAAAAGCAUCGCGAUUUACGCAGGUUUAGAAAUCCUUCCAUCAAAAUUCUUUCGNACGGCGAGUGAACAAUUUUUCUUUAAAUUACUAUUGGGCAAAAGCGAAAAAUUCGAAGAUUUUGGAACACCACAAGCAUUCAGUGCUGUUUCAUUAUUAGUCGCUUGGAUCAUUGUUGGCUUAUGUAUCUUUCGUGGUGUGAAAUCUUCGGGAAAAGUCGCUUAUUUCACAGCCAUUUUUCCAUAUAUUGUCCUUCUGAUCUUAAUUAUUCAAAGUGCGACUUUAUCCGGAGCGGGAGCUGGCAUCAAAUACUACAUUAUUCCUAAAUGGGACCUCGUUGCUAAAUUUGAAACCUGGCAAGCCGCUGCUUCCCAAGUCUUUUUCUCUCUCGGUCUUAGUUUCGGCUCCUUAAUGGCAUAUUCAGCAUCGAAUAAAUUCAAAAAUAACUUCUUUCGACAAAUGUGUAUCGUUGUUUCAUGCGAUUGUUUGACUGGAAUUUUUGCUGGCUUUGCCGUUUUCGCUACGAUUGGAUUUUUAGCAACGGAAAUGAAAUCAACGGUUGAAAAAUAUGCCGAAUCAUCCGGUCCAGGUUUAGCAUUUAUUACAUAUCCAGAAGCCAUUUCACAUAUGCCAGCGAGUCCAUUCUUUGCCAUUCUUUUCUUUCUAAUGUUAUUGGCACUUGGACUCGGUUCUCAGUUUGCUUUGACCGAUGUUCCGAUCACGUCAUUAACCGAAUUAUUUCCCAAACUUCGGACGAAAAGAUACCUGGCGGUGAUUGUCACCUGUACUGUUUCGUACUUAGUCAGUUUACCAUUUACUUGUCGGGGUGGAAUUUAUCUUUUUGAAUUACUAAUGGAAUACGCAGCAAAUGUAUCCAUGGUUGUCGUAGGCUUUUUCGAAGUCUACACUGUCGCUUACAUUUACGGUUAUAAUCGUUUUAUGAAUGAUGUGAAAAUGAUGUUAGGCAAACGUGCAGCACAAUAUUAUCUAUUUGUUACAUGGUGCAUCAUAUCUCCUCUACUGAUGCUGAUAAUCAUUGUCACAAAAUUGAUCGGUGCUGAACCAAUGAUCAAUAAAGAAGGUGCAGGCUUUGAAAAAUAUCAAUAUCCUCAAUGGAGUACGAUUCUUGGUUGGUUUAUAUUCAUUGGAUGCGUUAUACCGAUUCCAUUAGUUUAUCUUGUGAGCUAUAUAAAAGAAUACCAAAGACUUGGCUUGCAACAAAUUGCGAAACCAAUUGGAAUUGAAAGCGAUAAUCAUCUUCAUGAAGGAAACAAUUAUUUGGAAAAACCGCGGUGUUUGGCAGCGAUUACUGAAAAUAAUUCUCCAAGAUUCGAUUGGGGACCAAAGAAACGAAUUAAUCAAUAUGGCCUAUACGCUCAUUUGGCUGAAACUCCUGCAGACUAUAUAAAUCCGAGUUUUCAUACUGAAACUCGAACGUCUGAACACGAUAUCGAUGAUUUAGACAGAAAAUUCUAA